AUGACGGCGCCAAGCCAUGGCAAGACCACCCCAAAUGUGCCACCGUCAGCUGAUCAGGACAUGCAUAUGGCACAGGAUCCGAAUGAGGACAGUACAUUUGCCGCCGUUGAUGACUACAUCAACGCAUAUGGGAUGGAUGACGACAUAUUUGUGCCUCCCUGUGGUGAAGAACCCUCUCCAGCUGCUGCCACGGGGAAACCCAAUUGCAACAAGCGUCUAUUCAGUUCUCAGGAGAUGCCUCCAGCUACGGCCUUCACCGAGACUCAGGAGACAACUAGUCUGAAAUGUGACGGGCCACCAGUGCCCAAGAAUAUCGCGUGGAGAGUGCAUGUAGCGGGUGAGUGGAUGCUAGUUAAAAGAUUGUACGAUGCUACACCCGGUCCUAUGCGCUCUCUGGUUGACGGUGUUCAGCAUAUGGAGGAGCGGCGUCUGAGGGAGAAAUAUAAUGGGUACUCGGUAUAUGUGGCCAAGGUGCCCUCGGGUCUGGGCUUUGUCGAUAACCCCGUUGGGCAGAAGAUCUUCCUGCGGUAUGACUACAUAUUUGCUUUGGUAAACACUUAUCCGCUGCACUACACCUUUGUUCGCCUAUACUCACUCAAUAUGGCGAUGCGGAUCAUUAGAAACAAGACCCCGGACAUCGCGAUAGAAGACCCCUUCUACAUGCGUGCCAUCCACUUGUCCAGUACUGGGGACCGAAAAGUCGUGGGUGAAUACCUCAAAGGCUUCUUUCUGGCGAACCAGAAGAAGGAUAACAUCCUCCUGCCUUACUUUCCCGAAGAUAAUAUCUGCACGCUCAUCUCCAUAUGCUCGAGACAUUCCACGGCCACAUAUUUCGAUGCGGACAGUAAGUCGAGCACAGACUACACACAAAUCAAGAGUGUACUUGAUGAUGCUCUCAAUGGCUACGUCAAAGUUAAAGGCCUCAUUGAGACGCGAAUUGCUAGGUACGGAAAGCACGUGUUCAAACACGUAACAAAGUUCCCCUGCGCCAAGAAGCCGCCUUUCAGUAAGAAGGAUGCCUACUACGCCCUCCAUCACAUGAGGGCGUUCUUACGGGACCACCAGAUGCUUACGCUACCUGAUCAUCUCAGAGACUGGGCCACACGCUUGUCGCGGAUCGAGGACGAGAACAUCAAGCAAGAUUUCUUUCGCAUCCAAGUAGAGCUGUGUGAAAUCAUCUAUCGAGAUGUCCUUACAAGCUCGAGGGAGUUCUUCACUGGCUAUCAGCCGUCUAACAAUGACAUAGACACAAUGCUACAGAUGCAGGGUGACGACUAUCGCUCAUGGAUGACCCUGGCGAAAGGCGGCGGUUUUAUCCACGCUCCGCCCCUUGAGCCGAGAAGAAAGUCUUGA